AUGUCUACUUUCCCACACUUUGGAACCGCCGCCAUCCACGUUGGACAAGAGCCAGAACAAUGGGAUAUGAAUCAGGUUGUCCCACCAAUCAGCAUGUCCUCCACAUACAAACAGGACAAUCCAGGAGAGCCAAAAGGGCACGACUACUCGCGUGCUGGAAAUCCAACUCGUGAUGUUCUUCAGAAGAAUUUGGCUGCUCUUGAAGAUGCGAAGCAUUGUCAGGUGUUCUCCUCUGGACUCGCCGCCACUUCCGCAAUCAUUAAUCUUUUGAAAACCGGAGAUCACAUUGUUUGCUCCGAUGAUGUUUAUGGAGGAACUCAAAGAUACAUUCGUCGUGUCGCUGUACCAAAUCACGGAUUGGAAGUGGAUUCUGUCGAUUUGACUGAUGUGAAAAAUCUUGAGACGGCCAUCAAGCCAAACACCAAAAUGGUCUGGUUCGAGUCUCCAUCGAAUCCUCUUCUCAAAGUUGUCGAUAUCGCUGCCAUCGUUCAAGUCGCCAAGAAGGCCAAUCCAGAGAUUGUUGUAGUGGUUGAUAACACAUUUAUGUCUCCAUACUUCCAACGACCAAUUUCUUUGGGAGCUGAUGUUGUUGUUCAUUCGAUUACCAAAUAUAUCAACGGACAUUCCGAUGUUGUUAUGGGAGCUGUUAUCACUGACAACGAUGAGUUCCAACAACAUCUUUUCUUCAUGCAAUUGGCUGUCGGAGCCGUUCCAUCUCCAUUCGACUGCUUCCUUGUCAAUCGUGGACUCAAAACCCUUCAUAUCAGAAUGAGAGCUCACUACGAAAACGCGAUGGCUGUUGCCAAGUACCUCGAAGCCAACGACAGAAUCGAAUCCGUCCUUUAUCCAGCUCUGGAAUCUCAUCCACAACACGAAGUUCACUUGAAACAAACCAAAGGAAUGUCAGGAAUGAUUUCAUUCUAUCUUAAAGGAGAACUCAAGGAGAGCAGAGCAUUUUUAUCUGCUCUCAAAGUAUUCACAUUGGCUGAGUCUCUCGGAGGAUACGAAUCACUUGCUGAACUUCCAGCCAUCAUGACUCAUGCUUCAGUGCCUGCUGAGACUCGUGAAGUUCUUGGAAUCACUGAUAACCUUAUCCGUAUCUCCGUUGGAAUCGAAGAUCUUGAUGAUUUGAUUGCUGAUUUGGAUCAAGCUUUGAAGAUUGCUAUCCCAAAAGUCUGA